AUGUGCCACUAUGAAACACACGCAAUUGAAACGGAAAGAGGGUUAAUAAACGUGUACUUUGAGAAGCAAAGCAAAUUGUAUUGCUUGCUUCACACUGCGAACAAUAUUUUACAGGCACAUGUAUAUUCCCCCGACGAUUUUAAAGACGCUGAAAGUAUACUGGAUAAUGGCUUUGUGGGGAUCGGCACGUUAAGCAAUGACGAGGGAGAUGUUGACCCGAGGGGCCACACUGAUCAGAAUAGCAAAAAUUGUUACACCCCCGACGGAGAUGGUAACCGUGGCAGUAGGGAGCUCGCCGAUUUAAGAGCGAAGGAAGGAUUAAAGUGCAAUAACGUCCUCGCGUACAUUAAGAGAGGCUUCCACUACUUUGGAAAUUUUAACAUAAGCAUCUUGUACUUCUUCAUGAACAAGCACAACAUUGAGCUCCACUGGGUUGACAACAAGGAGAUAUUUCGCAAAAUAAAUAACAACAAAGGCAGUGGCUGUCCUACACUGUUCGAUACCAACCAGUUAAAUGACAAAAAUUUAAUCGCAUUCGUGGUGAACAUCGUUCGGGUGAAUCUUUUCGAUUUCUACCAGCACCGGCAUUUUUACACGAUAAGGAAAAUUUCAGGGAUGUGGUUCCAGCUGGAUUCCUCGCUGAGUAAACCCGUAUUAUUACCCACAAAUGAAGACAUAAACAAUCACUUAAUGAGCAUAGUAGAGGAUAACAAAUUUCACAAAUCUGAUAAUUACAUCAUACAAGUUUUUAAGAGGGAGAAGAAUCAUCCCAAAUGA